UGACAGUGACGUCGCUUGUAUAAAGCUCCGCUGGGCUCCUCCGUACUGAUCCCAUUAUCGCCUCCAUCUAACUGGACAGCCAGCAUCGCAUUGUCUCCUAGAAACACAAACAGUUGAGUACAUUUGGGGAAGCCCACCCCCCGAGCGAGCGGCCACCAUGGGGGACGAUAGCGAGUGGAUGAAGCUCCCCAUCGACCAGAAAUGUGAACACAAGGUCUGGAAGGCCCGUUUGAACGGUUACGAAGAAGCUCUGAAGCUGUUCCAGAGGAUCGAGGACGAGAAAAGUCCAGAAUGGGGGAAAUACCUGGGACUUAUAAAGAAGUUUGUGACUGAGUCCAACGCUGUGGCUCAGCUCAAAGGCCUGGAGGCGGCACUGGCCUUCGUCGAGAAUGCACAUGUGGCCGGAAAGACAACGGGGGAGGUGGUGUCGGGUGUGGUGACCAAAGUGUUCAACCAGCCCAAAGCCCGGGCCAAGGAGUUGGGCGCCGACAUCUGCCUCAUGUACAUAGAGAUCGAGAAGGCCGAGGUGGUUCAGGACGAGCUGCUCAAAGGGCUGGACAACAAGAACCCCAAGAUAGUGGUGGCCUGCAUAGAGACGCUCCGGAGGGCGCUGAGUGAGUUUGGAUCAAAGAUAGUCACGUUGAAGCCGGUGGUGAAGGUUCUACCCAAACAGUUUGAGUCAAGAGAGAAGGCGGUCCGAGAUGAAGCCAAGCUGUUGGCCGUGGAGAUCUACAAGUGGAUCCGAGACGCCCUGAGGCCGCCGCUGCAGAACAUUAACUCAGUCCAGUUGAAGGAGCUGGAGGAGGAGUGGGUCAAGCUGCCCUCCGGUCCACCCAAACAGAGCCGGUUCCUACGAUCCCAACAGGACCUGAAGGCUAAGUUUGAACAGCAACAAGCCCAAGGAGGAGACCAGUCUGACGGAGAUGAGGAGGAGGGCGCGGCGCCAGCGGUGGAUCCAUAUGAGCUGUUGGAGGCCGUGGAGAUUCUGUCCAAGAUGCCCAAAGACUUCUACGAGAAGAUUGAAGCAAAGAAGUGGCAGGAGAGGAAAGAAGCUCUGGAGGCUUUAGAAGUUUUGACCAAGAACCCCAAAAUAGAAAACGGAGACUAUGGAGACCUGGUCCGAGCACUGAAGAAGGUGGUGGGAAAAGAUGCCAAUGUGAUGCUGGUGUCAUUAGCUGCUAAAUGUCUGGCUGGUUUGGCCACAGGACUGAGGAAGAAGUUUGGAACAUAUGCAGGACAUGUCGUUCCAACCAUUUUAGAGAAGUUUAAGGAGAAGAAGCCUCAGGUGGUCCAGGCUCUGCAGGAGGCCAUCGACGCCAUAUUCCUCACUACCACUCUGCAGAACCUGUCUGAGGACAUCCUGGCCGUGAUGGACAAUAAGAACCCGUCCAUUAAGCAGCAGGCAUCUCUGUUCCUGGCCCGGUCCUUCAAACACUGUACACAGUCUACACUGCCCAAGAGCGUCCUCAAACCCCUCUGUGCUGCCCUCAUCAAGCAAGUGAACGACUCGGCCCCAGAGGUCCGUGAUGCCGCCUUUGAGGCUUUAGGAACGGCCAUGAAAGUGGUGGGAGAGAAGGCAGUCAACCCUUUCCUGGCGGAUUUGGACAAACUGAAACUGGACAAGAUAAAGGAGUGCGCUGAUAAAGUAGAGCUAUCUGGUGGGAAGAAGGGAGGAGGAGGGGGCGGAGACAAGAAACCAGCAGCUAAAGCCCCUCCCCCCAGUGAAGCUCCACCCCGAACAUCUGCCCCUCCUAAGAAGGCCCCAUCUGCUGCUGCCAGCAAGCCGUCAGCAGGUCCUUCAAAGAAAGGCAAACCGGCCUCUGCAGCAGGAGGGAAGGCCAAGAAGGCAUCUGACAGCAAAGAGGUCGCAGAGAGUGAACUGUCGCCUGAGGUGUGCGAGGACUUGGCGGCAGGCGUCCUUCCUGCUUCCUGUCUGCAACAGUUGGACUCGGCCAACUGGAAGGAGAGACUGGCCAGUAUGGAGGAGUUCCAGAAGGCUGUGGAAACCAUGGAUCAGACUCAAAUGCCCUGUCAGGCCUUAGUCCGGAUGUUGGCCAAGAAACCCGGCUGGAAGGAAACCAACUUCCAGGUGAUGCAGAUGAAGCUGCACAUCGUGGCUCUCGUCGCUCAGAGAGGUCAGUUCUCUAAGACUUCGGCGUCGGUGGUUCUGGACGGUCUGGUCGACAAAGUGGGAGAUGUGAAAUGUGGUGGAAACGCUAAAGCAGCUCUGACUGCCAUCGGAGAGGCCUGUUCUCUGCCGUGGACUGCAGAACAGGUGGUGUCAAUGGCAUUCGCUCAGAAGAACCCAAAGAACCAGGCGGAGACUCUGAACUGGCUCUCCAACGCCAUGAAGGAGUUUGGAUUCACCGGUAUCAAUGUGAAAGCUUUCAUCAAUAAUGUGAAGACGGCACUGGCGGCCACUAACCCCGCUGUGAGGACGGCGGCCAUCACCUUAUUGGGCGUCAUGUUCCUGUACAUGGGAGCUCCUCUCAGGAUGUUCUUCGAGGAUGAGAAGCCCGCUCUGCUCGCACAGAUCGACGCUGAAUUCGAGAAGAUGCAGGGUCAGUCGCCUCCAGCUCCGUCCAGGUUCACCAAGAAGGCGGCGGCGGCAGCUGACGACGGAGACGAAGGUGAAGAACAGGAGGAAGACGCAGGAGGACAGGACAUCAUGGACCUGCUGCCCAGGACAGACAUCAGUGACAAGAUCACAUCGGACCUGGUGUCGAAGAUCGGAGACAAGAACUGGAAGAUCCGGAAGGAGGGUCUGGAUGAGGUGGCGUCCAUCAUCUCAGAGGCCAAGUUCAUCACCGCCAACGUGGGCGAGCUGCCCAUGGCCCUGAAAGGACGACUGAGCGACUCCAACAAGAUCCUGGUCCAACAGACCCUGAGCAUCCUGCAACAGUUGGCCACAGCCAUGGGACCUGGACUGAAGCAGCACGUCAAAGCUCUGGGCAUCCCUGUCAUCACUGUCCUGGGAGACAGUAAGCCCAACGUCCGGGCGGCGGCCUUGACCACGCUACAGGCCUGGGUGGAGCAGACGGGGAUGAAGGAGUGGUUGGAGGGGGAGGAUCUGUCUGAGGAGUUGAAGAGGGAAAACCCCUUCCUACGACAGGAGGUCUUGGGCUGGUUGUCAGAGAAGCUGCCCACGCUGAGGACUGUCCCUGGGGACCUGAUGCUGUGUGUCCCCCAGCUCUACACCUGCUUGGAGGACAGGAACGGAGACGUGAGGAAGAAAGCUCAGGAUGUCCUGCCCACCUUCAUGAUGCACCUGGGUUACGACAAAAUGAGCAAAGCCACGGGGAAACUCAAGCCGGCGUCCAAGGAUCAGGUGAUGUCCAUGUUGGAAAAGGCCAGAGCGGUAAUGCCCGCCAAACCUGCUGCCCCCGCUAAAGCCGGAGGAGGGAAGGAGUCAGGCCGAGCAGCCUCAGCGUCCAGGUCUCAAGCAGCCAACGACGACUCAGUCGACGGUAAAGCUGAGACUAAAAAGGUCCGAGGUGGAGGAGCUGCUGCUAAGAAGCUCCCCUCCCCUCCUGAAGACGCUGACCCCUCCCCUCCUCCUCCUGCCCCUCCUCCUUCCAAGGACAAGGACAGUAAUGCUAGUAAAAAGCCUCCCGCCAAAGGGAAGGCAGCCUCUGGAGGUCAACAGGGUCCUGCUGGGAAGAAGCCUGCAGCCAAGGGUUUGAAGGAUGAUGAGGAUAAGUCUGGGCCCAUCUUCAUCCUCAUUCCCAACGCCAAGGAGCAGAGAAUCAAAGAGGAGAAACAGCUGAAGAUCCUGAAGUGGAACUUCAUCACUCCUCGUGAUGAGUACGUGGAGCAGCUGAAGACCCAGAUGUCCACGUGUUUUGCGAAGUGGCUGACGGAUGAGCUCUUCCACUUCGACUUCCAGAGACACGUCAAGGCCAUCGGCGUCAUGAUGGAGAGGCUGGAGAGCGAGAGCGAAGCCACCAUCAGCUGUUUAGACCUUAUCCUGAAGUGGUUCACCCUGCGCUUCUUCGACACCAACACCACCGUCCUGAUGAAGGUGCUGGAGUACCUGAAGCUGCUGUUCAGUAUGUUGAACAGGGAGGACUACCACCUGACCGAGUACGAGGCCACCUCCUUCGUACCCUACCUCAUACUGAAGGUCGGCGAGUCCAAGGACGUGGUCCGGAAGGACGUGAGGGCCAUCCUGACCAUGCUCUGUAAGGUCUACCCGGCCUCCAAGGUCUUCCCCUUCCUCAUGGAGGGAACCAAGUCCAAGAACUCCAAACAGAGAGCUGAGUGUCUGGAGGAGUUGGGCUGUUUGAUCGAGGGUUAUGGCAUGAAUGUCUGCCAACCGACUCCGGCCAAGUCUCUCAAGGACAUUGCGGUCCACAUCGGAGACAGGGACACGUCGGUUCGGAACGCUGCCCUCAACACCGUGGUGGCCGUCUACAACGUCUGCGGGGACCAGGUCUACAAACUGAUAGGAAAUCUGUCAGAGAAGGACAUGAGCAUGUUGGAGGAGAGGAUCAAGCGCUCCGCCAAGAAGACGCCUGCAGCUCCAGCCAAACAGAGUGCUCCGGAGAGGACGCAGAAGGAGCAUCCGACCAAUCCCAACGCCACCUUCCUCCGCAAGCCCGCCCAGGAGGACCCUAACAAACUAAAAAUAAUGUAUCGCACGUAUAGGAUCGCUGCCCGUCAGAACGCCCACCAUGGCGAGUCGUCCCACCCCUCCAUCCCCAAACAGUUCCAGUUGGACCUGGACAUGAUCGAGAGGGACCACGGCCGAGUGUCGGAGCUGCCGGACCUGGUCCAGCACCAACUGGAUGAACUGCUGGAGCCCAUCACCAUCCCUGAACCCAAGAUGCGUUCAGUGUCCCCACACUUCGACGACCUCCACAACAGCACUGCGUCCACCAUCAACUUCGUCAUCUCUCAGGUGGCGAGUGGAGACAUUAACACCAGCAUUCAGGCUCUGGCACAGAUCGAUGAGGUUCUGCGACAGGAGGACAAGGCGGAGGUGAUGUCGGGUCACAUAGACCAGUUCCUCAUUGCCACCUUCAUGCAGCUGAGACUCAUCUAUAACACACACAUGGCCGACGAGAGGCUGGACAAGAAGGACAUCUUCAAACUGUACAGCUGCAUCAUCGGGAACAUGCUGUCGUUGUUCUCCAUGGAGUCUCUGGCCCGGGACGCGUCCAUGGGCGUCCUGAAGGACAUGAUGCAUGGCCUCAUCACGCUGAUGUUGGACGGGAGGGUGGAGGACAUCGAGGACGGACAGCAGCUCAUCAGAUCCGUCAACCUGCUGGUUGUCAGAGUCCUGGAGAAGUCGGACCAGACCAACAUCAUCAGUGCUCUGCUGGUUUUGCUUCAGGACAGUUUAGUGACGACGGCCGGAUCUCCCAUGUUCUCUGAACUGGUCAUGAAGUGUCUGUGGAGGAUGAUUCGCUUCCUUCCGGAGACCAUCAACACCAUCAACCUGGACCGAAUCUUACUGGACGUCCACAACUUUAUGAAGGUUUUCCCCAAAGAGAAGCUGAAGCAGCUGAAGAGCGACGUCCCCCAUCGGACCCUGAAGACGCUGCUACACACACUCUGCAAGUUGACCGGCGCCAAGAUCCUGGACCACCUGUCCAUGAUCGAGAACCGCAACGAGUCUGAGCUGGAGGCCUAUCUGAGACGGACCGUCAAACACUCUGGAAACCUGUCAGGAGUGAAGAGUGACCGCGGCAACGAGAAGACCGGCCUGCACCCGGACGAUCGGAUGUCGAAGGCCAAGGUCAGCGACAUCCUGUCCGAGAUCUUCAAGAAGAUCGGAUCCAAGGAGAACACUAAAGAGGGGCUGACGGAGCUGUACGAGUACAAACAGAAGUACUCGGACGCCGACGUGGAACCGUUCCUCAAGAACACGUCCCAGUUCUUCCAGAGCUACGUGGAACGAGGCCUUCGCAUGAUCGAGUCCGAGAGGGAGGGAAAGACCCGCAUCCAGACCUCGGCAGUGAUCCCUCAGCACAGCCUGGACUCUGGUUUGAGCAGCAACAACGAAGAACUGAAACCAGCUGUUUACUACGAGAGACUGAAGAUCCUCCGGCAGAGACAAGGCCUGGAAAACACCACCAGAGUGAGGGGCAGUGGCGGUGACGGCGAGCCCCAGCAGCGCCCACCCAUCUCGUCCCUGCUGUCGUCUAAGCCGUCAGUGGCGUCGUCCACGGACAUGCUCCAGAGUAAGCUGUCGCAGCUCAAAGAAUCGCGGGAGUUGUACCGGCAGGAGCACAACUCGCACUCGCCCACCCACGGCCGCUCGGCCUCGCCCGCCGCCAACCUGGACGACCUGAAGAAACGCCUGGAGAGGAUUAAGAGCAAGCAGCAGUAGGACCGCCCCUGACCCCGCCCCCUCAACCCCAACCUCCGCCUCAUGUCAUCCUGCACAGCCUCAAAUGUCCGUCUCUGUAUUCACGUUUCAGAUUAAAUGUACAAAACAGAAGCACUCGGAGCCGACCAAUCAGGCGGCGGACAUUAUCCAAUCAGAGCCUGACUCCACCCACUGUGCCUGUACGCUAGUAGAAAUCAAACGCACCCCGAACACAUCGUAGACGAGGCUGCGACUGGGAGAGGAUGUGGGAGUGGCCUGUACAGUUCUAUCCAGUUCUCUCUAGAGCCAUCGUGUUCCCAGUCUGAAAGCGUCAUGGAAACGGUGGCCCCGCCCCCCAUCUCUGAGCAUUACGGCACAAAAACCCUCUAGAUAUUUACAACCACUUUAACCAGAAAACGUCCAGUCGAGCUGCCGUCAGACGAAUACACCUGUACGACGCUCAUUUCCUGCCAAAAUCUAAAAAAUAAAGUUUUUCAAAUGUGUGAGUUCACGUCAGUGCAGGUUAGUUUAUGAAGACGAAACAAGUAAUCCAUUAAAUGUCAUGUUUAAGGAAAGAGAAUAAAACAUAAUUCAGAAAUAACGAAGUUCAUGUUUGUUAACAUUUAAAUCAAAGUUAAAAACUAACAAAAAACUACAAA